AUCAUUCCUCGUGGGACGAUCGUGAGCUUGGAGCUAAUCCACUAGAAACGACACGAGCCAUAAGCACAAGAAACACGCGCUAUUAAGACGAUUAUAGAGCUCUAGUUUAGAAGUAAAACUUUUCGGAUUGGUUAUGCAUUGUGUUAAAACCUUACGGGCGACUAGACCUGGCGUUUUGCUCAUCAGGAAUGCUGGAAAAUGGGAAAGAGUUGCGGGAAGUUUGGGGAGAAAACACUCACCUGCUCGACCGUUACACACGAGCGCAUCACCAGGGCAACAUCCUCGCCAGCAGCACGUGAUCAAUGAGACCGACGCCGCGACGUACAGUAAGAAGGUGGUUUCUGGGUUGGAGGACUUGUUGUUCUACACCAUCACCCAGGGAGAGGAGAAAAUCUCAGUGGCGCGUUUCCUGACAGCACUCAAAAGCACAGGUCUGCAGACGUCUGACCCCCGUCUGAGAGACUGCAUGCUGCAGAUCCACCACGCGGUGCAAGACUCUGUUGGAACAGCAAUGAUGGACCAAGAACUGUUCAGAAAAUGUGUUGGCAGUAAUAUAGUCCUCCUGACUCAAGCUUUCCAGAGGAAGUUCAUCAUUCCAGACUUUGAAGCAUUUACCUCGCUCAUAAACCAUCUGUAUUGUGACGCACAGGCUCGGCAAGGAGGGAAAGUAGCAAACUACAUCCCUCAGCUGGCGAAGUUCAAUCCAGAUCUUUGGGGAGUUUCUCUGUGCACGGUGGAUGGUCAGAGGCAUGCAGUAGGAGACACGAAUGUGCCGUUCUGCUUGCAGUCGUGUGUGAAGCCUCUGGAAUAUGCUCUAGCUGUGCACGAGACUGGGAGUGAACACGUGCACAGAUAUGUGGGGAAAGAACCCAGUGGCCUCAAAUUCAACAAAUUGUCUUUAGACGAAGAGGAGAAGCCCCAUAAUCCCAUGGUGAAUGCAGGAGCGAUUGUAAUCAGCUCUCUCUUAAAGCCUGGUUACAACAAGGCAGAGAAGUUUGACCAUAUGGUGGAUUAUCUGAAGAGAAUGGCUGGCCGAGAAUAUGUUGGGUUCAGUAAUGCCACUUUCCAGUCAGAGAAAGAGACCGGUUACAGGAACUAUGCAAUUGGCUAUUAUCUCAAGGAGAAAAAAUGUUUUCCUAAUGGAGCUGACAUGACGGCAGCACUUGACUUCUACUUUCAGCUGUGCUCUAUCGAGGUGACGUGUGAGUCAGGCAGUGUCAUGGCAGCUACUCUAGCUAAUGGAGGGAUCUGUCCAAUCACAGGCGAGCGAGUGCUCAGUGCAGAGGCAGUCCGAAACACUCUCAGUCUCAUGCACUCCUGCGGCAUGUACGACUUCUCAGGCCAGUUUGCCUUUCACGUGGGCUUGCCUGCUAAAUCUGGGGUUUCUGGUGCUGUCCUGCUUGUGGUUCCUAAUAUUAUGGGUGUGAUGUGUUGGUCUCCGGCUCUCGACCGUGUGGGAAACAGCAUCCGAGGAAUCCAUUUUUGCCAGGAGAUGGUCUCCCUCUUUAUUCACAACUAUGACAAUCUAAGACACUUUGCGAAGAAGUUGGACCCUCGCAGACAGACAGGCCACGAGAGGAACAAGUCUGUGGUGGAUCUGAUGUUUGCUGCGUACAGUGGGGAUGUUUCAGCUCUCAGGAGAAUCGCACUCUCUGCGGUAAACAUGGAAUUGACUGACUAUGACAUCCGUACUGCUCUACAUGUGGCAUCAGCAGAAGGGCAUUUAGAAGCAGUCAAGUUUUUAACAGACACCUGCAAAGUCAACCCGUUUGCAAAGGACAGAUGGGGAAACACACCUCUUGAUGAUGCGAUGCAGUUUGGGCACAACGCAGUGGCCAAGGCGCUCCAAGAGUAUCAGAGCAUUUACACACACACACUACUGCCCGAGGAGCUCAGCGCAGACACAUGCCCCGAUUCCUCCAUUGAUGCAGACGAACUGAAGAGCAUGGAGACUCUGGAGAGUUUAAUAUGAGGGAGAAAAAUCCCAAACAGCGGCCUCUCGCUACUUCAGGGAAGCAAGUGGGUGUGAGAUUUAGGACAAAGCCUCGUGUAAGGCUGAGCAGGUGCACGCAGGUGAGAUAGUGCUUCAAAACAAAGCUGUAUGUAGAUGUCAACUAGCUCCUGCUGAAGGUUUGUGAUGGUCAUUGCUGUAGUUUUACAGACCUCCGUUAUGUCUACGGUGGGAUUAUAAAACUGCCAGGUACUUCCAGAUCAUUUCUGGUACUGGUCCUCAAGGACAGUUUGUGGUUUGUGCUUGGACCAAUUUAGAUGCUGAAGCUUCCUUUCCCUCAAAGAUAUUUUACUGUAGAAGAAUUUUUAGGUAAUUUUUCACCCUUUAUUCAAAGUUUUUGCAGUAAUCUUAGAAACUAGAAGGACCCAUUCACAAACUUUUGAUGAUUUGAUUACAAGUGGACAAUAUUAAGUACAAGUGUGAACUGGGUGUGAAACGUUUAGAGCUUGUCCACUUUUGCAUUCAGACACAUUUGACUGGAUUUUUUAUUUAUUUUUGUAAAUUAUUAACAUUUUGCAAGCUUUCGCAGUAUUAGAUUAAGGGUGCUUUCACACUAGCACUUUUGAUCUGCACCCGGGUUUGUUUGACGUCAGAGUUCGAUAUGUUUAGCUGGUGUGAAUGAUGUCUUCUGUACUCUGGUGCACACCCAUGAACUGUACCCAAGUCCACCUGGAAGAGUUGGUCUGGAGUACGGUUGGCAUGAACUCUGGUCCAGUUCAUUUCUGAUAUGAAUGCAAUCGUACCAAAUAACGGAAGUGAACCGCCAACUGUACAACAAACUUCACAACAGCAGGUUGAUGAUGGAAGCGUACUGGGGUUUAGAAGGAAAAAGACUAUGUGAACACAAACCAGCUGAGAAGGUGGCAAGGGGGACAAUCGAACUUGGGUUCGGACCAGGCAAUUGAACCAAGUUUGAAAGCACCCUAAAAGAUGAGAGAAACCCAAUCACCACCCACAGACUAAAAGUAGUCGAAAGUGGACAAAAGCAACACAUUUAAAUGGCAGGUGUGAACAACAGCGCUUCUCUUUUGUCCACUUGUAAUCAGAUCAAUAAAAACACAUCCUAAUAAAAAGUGAGGACAGGGUCGUAGUUGACUAAAAUUGCAAUUAUGAGGUAAAUUAUCAGUUCUGCCUUUUGUUUCUUUGUAUGUUUUGUUACUUUUUCUGAGAAAAAGUCCAGAACUGCAAGGUGUAAAUAAAUAAAAAAUAUAUUUUCAAAA